GACGAUAAAUCCAAAGGGGCUUCAUUUGUAUGAAAUGCAAAGUUAAAUUCAGGACAAUACGCACCAAGACCCUUCUGAUAUCAUCACCAUGGAGACAUGUUUUCGCAGACUUUGGAUGACAGUUGUUCUGGCAUCGAUUAUGCGGAGAUCAGUCGCGGUAGGACCGGUUAUCCGGUGCGAACCAUGUGAUGCUGGAGCCCGGAUACUGUGCAAGCCGUUGCCCAAGGACUGCGCGGAGAGAGUUCGCGAACCGGGCUGCGGGUGCUGCACGACUUGCGCGCUGGCCUUUGGAAAGCCGUGUGGAGUGUACACGGGGAGAUGUGGCUCCGGAAUGACAUGCCAGCACCAACCCGGCGAGACGAAACCUCUCCAAGCUCUGCUGGAAGGACGAGGGCAGUGUGCAAACGCGACCAUUAAAAGACCUGUUGCCACUUUAAUCAAUGAGAGACAAGAGAAUGAUGGUGGUAUUCAGGAGGAGGAGCGAAACACCACCGCCCCAGUGCUCCAAGCCUCCUUCAGCACCAGCAGACCUCCUGUAGGCUCCCCCAGAAUCCCCCAUCACCCCCCUCUCCUCCACCCCGUCAAGGCAGAGGUCAUCCGCAGGGAGCAGCUGAAGAGGGCCCAGAGUUACAAGAUGGAGCAAGGCCCUGGAGCUCUCAGCACAGACCAACAUAACUUUUCCCUGGAAUCCAAGCAGGACCCAGAGUAUGGUCCCUGUCGUAGGGAGAUGGAGAGUAUCCUCAAUGGACUGAAGAUCACAGACAUCCUCAACCCCAGAGGCUUCCGCAUCCCAAACUGUGACAAGAAGGGCUUCUACAAGAAAAAACAGUGCCGUCCAUCCAAGGGCAGAAAGCGAGGGUUUUGCUGGUGUGCCGAUAAGUAUGGGCAGCCAUUGCCAGGUUUCGACGGGAAGGAGAGAGGAGAAGCUCAGUGCUACAACUCAGAGAGCCAAUAAGACAAGAGCAGCGAGAAAGAGCCAGAGAGAGAGAGAGAAAUACACAGAGAAACUGAGGAUAUCGGGAUUCCAAAAUUAUUCCAAAAUGGCUGGGCCUGGACAUGUGUUGGCUGGCAUUGAUGACUCUUUGGCACAUGGGACCUUAUGGAGGGCAGAGCAUGGGGAGUGGCUUGAGAAGAAGACAUCCAAUCACACUCCUUGCUUCCUCCUAUGCUAUGUGCUGCUCCUAUGUACUGUAAACAGGGUGUGGGUGGAUUCUCCAUAGACUGAAAGGGCAGACCAGACUUGGUAUAUGUAACUCUAAGGACACAUGAGACGUAAUCAUUCAUUCCAUAGCACAGGGCUAGCUUUGAUGAUUACCGACUUGACGACAGAGGAUCAUAUACAAUACUUGUCUCGACCCUCAAUGAGAGGCGUACACCAACGCACAGCUAGGUGGCACUAUACCCAUGUGUGUGCGUGUUUGUAUGGCUGCAUGAUAUGAUUAUAUUUGUAUGUGUGUGUGGUUCUGUAUGUUUGAUAUGUUACUGUAUGUAUUUGUUUAAAUGUGUGUGUUUGCGUGUGUCUGUGUGUACAAUACAAGAGUGUCUCUUUGUCUAUCCGUGUAACUGUAUGCUGUGGGGUGCUGGUGUGCGACCACCCUGUGGCACAGUACAAUGUCAUAAAAUGCUUUCCCACUUUGUGCCGGAGGGUACAUAACUCAGAUUUUAGUCCAUUCGGUAUCUCUCUGUAGGAUCAUUGUCCUCUCCUCAGGACCUUUUAAGGGAGUUGACUAUAAAGCUUGGAUGUUGUUCUCACCUAUCCUUUGCAACUCAUAUACACUGUGUACCAAACUUUAGGAACACCUGCUCGUUCCAUGAUGUGGACUGACCAGGUGAAUCCAGGUGAAAGCUACGAGCCAUUAUUGAUGUCACUUGAUAAAUCCACUUCCAUCAGUGUAGAUGAUGGGGGGGAGGA